UCUUUACACCCCAGCAUCUAGCAGUGUUGGCUUGUAGCAGGCACUCAAGAAAUGUCUGUUGAAUGAACGAUGCCUGUGACAAGCCACUGGACUUUAUUCUUCCCUGACCCUUGCUUCUAUGACAUACCUCCUGACUGCCACUGUCACCCCUUCAAAGCAGAACUUCCCUAGGCAAGGGAAACAGCUAUGGCCAAGGACAUCUUAGGCGAAGCGGGGCUUCACUUUGAUGAGCUGAACAAGCUGCGGGUGUUGGACCCAGAGGUCACCCAGCAGACUGUGGAGCUCAAGGAGGAGUGCAAGGACUUUGUCGACAAAAUUGGCCAGUUUCAGAAAAUAGUUGGUGGUCUAAUUGAGCUUGUUGAUCAGCUUGCCAAGGAAGCAGAGAACGAGAAGAUGAAGGCCAUCGGUGCUCGGAACUUGCUCAAAUCCAUAGCGAAGCAGCGAGAGGCCCAGCAGCAGCAGCUGCAGGCACUGAUAGCUGAAAAGAAGAUGCAGCUGGAGAGGUAUCGGGUUGAAUAUGAAGCUUUGUGUAAAGUAGAAGCAGAACAAAAUGAAUUUAUUGACCAAUUUAUUUUUCAGAAAUGAACUGAAAUUUCCAUUUUUUAUAGCAGGAAGGCAACAAAAAAGCAAAAACAAAAACCUCUGUACCAUUCCAGUGACUUGACUAAUGUACGUGUCAUGGCAAUGUGUUAAAGGAGGCAGUACUGCCAUCUGGGGCAGCUGGCAAACAAUGCACAGCCACCGCUAGUGGCAAGGCGGCACAGGACCUCACCUCUUGAACUCUCAGCACAAACUAAGCAGUCUGUAAACUUGAUCCUUUUUUUUUUUUUUUUUUGGUAAAUUUACAAAGCUCUCAAGGAAAAGCAAUAAAUA